UUAUGUUUUGCUUGUCAGCAAAAAGCAGACUUUGGGGGAUUUUUUGAGGAUAUUCACGUCUAAACGGGGUUUUACCGUUCAAUGUUGGYUGCAUAUCGCUAAGGAUUGUUGUCUUUGCUAAAAUGGASGAAAACGUGAAAGUUAAAGCCAAAUUCAAGGGCACAAGUCGUCGAUUCGAAAUCCCKUCUACUUUGACAUGGAUAGGAUUACUUGCUCAACUUCGACAGUUGUUCGAUAUUCAAGAUGAGUUCCUUGUUAAGUAUUGUGACGACGAAAGCGAAUUGAUAUCAAUCAACAGCCAAGAGGAACUCGUUGAAGCAAUAAGGCUAUGCAAGAAGACAUCAAGGCUUUUGUAUUUGCAUCUUGAAGACCCAUUCUCACAACAAACAAGUGACUCAUCAUUGUUAAACUUGGAGCAAACAAAUAUUGCCAAACGUAAAGCUAGAGACCACAAGGAAAGCAAAAGUUCCUCUUGUUACACUGAUCUUGCUUCAGCUAUGGCCGAAGAACUAACAGCAUUGAAUUCACGAUUGGAGAAGUCAUCAACACUGCAGUCAAAUAAAAGACAGAAUUCUGAACAGAAUAAACAACAGGUUAUACCUAAUAAUGAGGUUCAGAACAAAAACCAGGGUAAUAAGAAGAAGAAAAAGAAACAAGCAUCUUGUUACUCUGAUCUUGCUACAGCUAUUGCACCAGAACUUUUUGUGAAUGAUUCUCAACAAGAUGAAAGUGUCUCUCCAAAGCCAGGGUUGGGUGCAUCCAGGGGUUGGUUUGGUCAUUUUGAAGAACAACAAGCUAGCAAGAAGACACACUACAGUUCACUUGAGAAAGCCAUGUCUUYUGAAUUGAGUARACUAUCUCUUAAUGAUCCUUUCCAAACAGCUCACAGUAAAGUCAGUGGUGAARAUGGCACUGCAAAUUCUAAAGAGAUAGAAGAACAAGCAUUAAAGCAAAUCCCACUAUCAUCGAUUGAUAUUUCUGACUGCCAACAACARCAAGAUCMAAAUUUUAAGAACAAGACAAAAAGAACGAAGAAGCAUGCAAAGAAGAARGGCUGUUAUGCACAGCUGGCUGAAGAUAUAUCGCCCAUGUUUGGAGCAAUGAAUAAAAGACUUGAAAACAAGCAGAAAGAAACCACCAUACAAGUGACAAGUGUUGAGUGUGAAGUGCCUUUGCUCAACUCAUCUCCAGAAUCUUCAAGUGAGCCCUUUGUGUUGGUGAACAGCAGUGASGGACCUUCCUUGUUUGAAGAUGAAGGUCUUGAAUUUGUGGAGKCACAAGAUGACAAUUCUAGUGUUGAUACUGUCCCUGAUGGUCCUGAAGCAACUUUWCCAUCCUGUGAAAAUGGCAACACAGAACCAAACCUGAUCUGCUUUGAUGAUGGAAUGACCACASCAAAAAUACCUGGAAAAAGUAAUGCUGAGAUGAAAGAAAUUGUAAAAGAAGUUGUCAAAGAAUCCAUGGAGAUUAUUGUGAAUGAAACUGUUCUCCGUCUUCAAGCUCCAAAAGUACCUGCACCRCCSUGUAACACCCCUCAAGAAAACUGCACUCCACCAGAUAUUGUGAUUCACAAGGGCAUCACUUGUGACAGCUGUGGURUAGAGGUCCAAGGAAUCMGAUACAAAUGCUGCAACUGCAAGGAUUUUGAUUUGUGCGAACUCUGUGAGGAUAAAUCUGGCAUUCACAAUAUUGAGCAUGUGUUUGUGAAACUGAGAUACCCUGCUCCUGGCAUAGGACGUAGACAUGGUGAAAUGGUCUCAAUCUUUAAAAAAUCUGUGUACAAAAGAAACUGUGAGAAGAARCAGAAGGAGAAGGUGUUGAGAAGAGCAGCCAAGGAGGCUGAGAGAGAAAGAAAACGGGCCMUGAAGGAACAGAAACAUGCUCUCAAGGCACAAGAAAAGGAAAGGAGAAAGAGAGAAAAAGCUAAAAAGGUUGACAAAACAAAGGAGAAACCAGAAGGUGGAAAGUCUAAUAUAAUGCAUAUACAAGAAAGACUSAGAGCUGCAUAUGAAUGUGACGCCAGCCAUCCUGAUGGAAGUAUUGUACUCCCAGGGCAAAAGUUCUUGAAGUCAUGGGUCAUAAAAAAUGUAGGAGACAUUGCUUGGAAUCAAUGGAUUACGUUGGAAUGCAUUGAAGGAAGUAUUAUGGGAUUCCCCACRCCGGUACCAUUCCUUAAACCCGGUGCAAGUGAUAUGGUUUCYGUGGAGUUUGUUGCACCUGAAAUUCCUGGAACUUAUACCAGCAAAUGGCAGCUUUCAUAUGGACUGCAUACAUUUGGYCCACACUUGUGGUGUGAGAUUCRAGUACCAGUGAAAAAAGAUGAGGGUGAUGUUACCCACGACCAAAGUUCUCUGGUAGACACCGCUUUUAAGAAUGACACACCAGYUGAACCUCAGGUCAAACUUGUCCACGAACCUUUGCUGAAGACAGAGGUUAUGGAUGAUGAGUCCAGCUCAGAAUACCUCAGCUCUGAAGAAACUGCUGAAGCUGGCUGUAAUAAUGUGGGACGCAGCCUAGAGACCAAACAAGAAGCAUCAUUAGUGAGACAAGACCUAGAGUGGGAUGCAGGAUGUGUUCAUGAUGUUGAAAUAGCUAACGUGUCCGCUGAACGUACGUUACAUUCAAGAGAAAGAAGAAAUACGGACAAUUGGUCAUUCAGUGAUGAUUCAGAUGGCGAAGAAAGUGAUUCAUCACUAGAUGACUUUACUGUUCUUAUUCCACCAUGUUUUGUUCCUGAUGCACCCCUUACAUCAAACCCUUUCCCUGUUGUGAUCACUGAUUUCAAACCAUACAGAARUUCCACCUUCUUGAAGUCUCUUGAGACACUUGGACCAGACAAUAGCCUGUCUGAGUUUAAUGGACCAUCCAGUUUGCCAAAUAUGCACGUGACCACUAAUGAAAGACAGUUAUUGGACAGCACUAAUUCGAUGUCGAAAAUAGUUUCCUCCACUCCUCAGCAAGGUGAAAUGACAAGUGAAUCAGACCAAGAUACUAGCGAGAUUGUCUCUCCUCCUGUUUUACCAAAAGAAACUCCUUUGAACACAGAAACGCCUAUAUCCAGGCAACCGAGUGUUCCCAAGGGAGACAGUAUUCCUCUUGUUACACAGCCUACUACCGUUGUUGAACCAAAGAGGACUAGGUCUGACGAGGGGGAGACSAGAGAUCCCAACAAUCUUGUUUCCGAGGUUUUGACYACAGCCAUAGAUGCUGUUACUAUGGCUGGUAGAGCAGCAUUUGCCACAGUGGACAAUCUUAUUAACGGYAGCCACCAGGCGACAGCAGUUUAUAAGCCAGAAGAGGAUUGUGAAGUCACAGUAAGCAGUCGUGGUCCUCGUUCCGAGUUUGAUGCCCCUCCCCCUCCCCCCUUAGUGUGGCCUGUAAACCGCCAGCCUAACAAUGCAAUGGACCGUCUUAUUGAGAUGGGAUUCUGUGACCGUAAACUKAAUGAACGACUUUUACGUAAGCACAACAACAAUGUCAGAGAAACCAUUGAAGAGCUUUUGGGACACUCUGAAAAUGAGUGGUCUUCGCAGAGGCAUUAGCAUGCACGAUYAYUUCAACUUUUGUUUGUGGUUUUACUUAGCCAGUGAAAAAUGCGAMAUCUGAAGAAAUAGCUUCUGUAGGCGUUGUAUUAUAGAUCUUGUAUGUUUCCCAAUAUUUAACUCGUGAACCCAUUUAGAAAAAGAACAAUAUURUUUGCUUUUUAUAAUCAAAAGCAAGUUUGUAUUCUUCAAUUAAAGUUUAUCCUUGAUAAUGGAGUUAGUAUCACUCCGAAACGUCUGAUAUUUGCAKUAUUCUUCAUUCUAAAUACUCUUUCUAAAAGUUGCAAUGCAGUAUUUUUGAAACCCAUUCGUUAUGACUCUUUACAGGUUUUUGCGUGUUUUUUUUUUUUUUCAACUGGCAAAGUAAUAUCACACUAGUAUACUUUGAAUGCACUAGUAUACUUUAAAUGAGUAUAGAAAUAAAAAAAAAUGUAUAGAAAACUGUAAGUCAAGAAAUGAGACGCUAGUAACUAUAAACUUUUGUAAAUAAUYAAAUUUCACUUAUAUACAGGUUUUGAGAUUAGAAGUAGAAAAAAACAAAAAAACAAAAAAGCAAACACUUUAUGUACUGACGCCCAUCGACCAAGAAAAGAAAAGUGUAAUCUAUUAUAAUAGGUGAUCUAUGGCCCUUUUAGGCCAGAGUUAUUAAUCUCGAGUUUGUAAUGGAUAAAUUUGGAUGUAUAUUAUUUGUGGUAAUUCUAUAGUUUCCAAGGUAUUCCUAUGAAAAAUGUAGCUGUAGAUAUUGCAUGGUGAACUCAAAUAAAUUUUUAUAGUCUA